AUGACAGAAGUCUCAUUUGCGAAGUCGUUUCUUACGGCUCUGGACUCUCGUCCGGUCAAGCUCUCUCCCGACCAUGUCGAAGAUCCGAAAUCCUACCCAGCGCGCAGCGCCUAUAUACUUCCCAAGAUGCCCAAAACUAUGAGCAAACGCACGCCCCAUGCCGUCGCCCCGGGUCAGGAACGAAGUCUUACCGUCCUCGUCAAGUCCCUACGCAACCCGCCGUUAGACAUCAAGCUCACCUCCCAAACGCCUAAUACCUCUAUCCUAGAUAUAAAGACCUCCGUUUCUAAUGACUCGGGCAUACCCGUGGAUAAGAUGAAGAUCCUACACAAGAAGAAACCCAUCCCGGAUAGCAAGGUGCUUAAGGACCUUGCGGGAGAGGACGAUACGAGUAUCGAGUUCUCUGUCAUGGUCAUGGGUGGUGCUGCAGCUAUUAAGAAUACGCCAGCUCACACUGAAGUCGCACAAGGACCGAGCGGCGGAGAAGUCUUAGAGACGAAAGAAUUUUGGGAUGAUCUCAAGGGGUUCUUGUUACAGCGAAUACGAGAUGAAAAGACGGCUGGGGAGCUAGCAGAUACAUUCCAGGCUGCCUGGAAGGCAAGAUCAUGA